UACUACUACUACUACUACUACUACUACUACUGCCACUGGUGCUACUGAUGCCAUUGCUACUGAUACUACUUCUGCUACUGCUACUGUCUCUAAUGGGGAAAAGAAACGACAUACUAAGAAGCGCAUGACUCGUUUGGAACAAAUCGAUCAACAACGUCAAAAUUAUGUACCUACUAUGAAAUCUAGAUGUAACUGGUGGCCUAACUGUACCAACAAGAAUUGCAAAUAUCAUCAUCCUCAUCAACCUUGCAGAUAUGGUGAUAUGUGUCUUUACAAUGAACGAUGUAUGUUCUUACAUCCAUGGGAUUAUGAAGAACCUGUUCGACAUUCCAAACAGCAACAACAACAACAACAACAACAAUAUCAACAAUAUCAAUAUCAACAAUUAUCUCAAUAUACAAGCAACCAAGAAUAAUGAAUGAUUCCUAUCGUUUCCCCCUUUUCUUUUUAUAUAUUGUUGUUUAUUGAUUUCAUUUUAUACACCUGUUAUUAUUUGUUUCUUUUUACUAUCUUGUUUUAUUUAGCUCCCUCCCCUUUACAUCUUUUGUGAAUAUAUUUCUCUCAUGUGAAUAAGUUCAUCCGACUGGUACACCUUCUCAUCCUGUCAUCCUAUCACUCUCAUACAAAAAAAAAAUCCCAUCCUUGUCCAGCCACCUCCCAAAAUAAACACAUCAUAUACAUCUUACGCCAUUCUUUACAGUAUAGUAUAGUAUUACUUUUUUUUUUUUUUACUCGAAAUA